UGUGUUGAAGUGACGUAUCCUCACACUGGCCUACUAACCGCGAUCAGGACAUAUAUUUACGUAGAAGUAAAUUAAGGAAUAUAAAUGAAUUAAGUAUCUAUUCAAAUUCGUGUGAAGUUAAAAUAAUAUUAGUAAAAAGUUAAAUAGGUGUGUGAAGAGAAAUAAGUCUACAAUUAUAAGAAAUAAUUAAGUAUUAACUAUAAACUUAAGUUUCUGUGGUCAUUGCCUUCAUUUUAUAAUAAACUUCAAGGUGUCCAACGAAAAUCGUGAAGAUGGGAUUGGAUGAUGAGGAGCUACUCCUGCUCAAUUUCACGAAUGAUACGACGCAGUCAUCCAGCUUCUCAGAGCCGGAAUCCUUAAACAUCAUAGUUCCGCUGAGCAUCAUCUAUGUCGUCAUAUUCGUAGCAGGAGUCCUGGGAAACAUAAGCACGUGUGUGGUCAUAGCACGUAACAGAUCUAUGCACACGGCGACCAACUUUUAUCUCUUCAGUCUAGCGAUCUCUGAUCUUCUGCUGCUAGUUUGUGGGCUUCCUCUUGAAGUGCAUCGAUUAUGGAACCCGCUUUGUUACCCUCUAGGCGAAGCGCUUUGCAUCACAGUAGGACUCGUAUCGGAAACAUCAGCUAAUGCAACGGUGUUGACGAUAACGGCAUUCACCGUGGAAAGGUACAUCGCCAUAUGCCGUCCGUUCAUGUCCCACACUAUGUCAAAGUUGUCCAGAGCUGUGCGAUAUAUUAUCGUCAUCUGGGUUUGUGCGUUGUGCGCUGCGGUGCCUCAAGCCAUGCAGUUCGGUAUAGUGACGUAUAGUGAGAAAGGACAGAAUGUUAGUGCGUGUACCGUCAAGGGACACGGUGUACAUCAAGUGUUUGUGAUUUCGAGUUUUGUGUUCUUCGUGGUUCCGAUGUCGUUGAUAACAGUGCUGUAUGUGCUGAUUGGUGCUAAACUACACACGUCACGUGUGCUGCACCCUUUAAAAAAGACUUCAAUGGAAAACAGUGAGCGGCCUAAUGGGACACCGAGGUACAGAAAUGGUGCUUCACAGAGACGGGUCAUUAGGAUGCUGGUUGCGGUGGCGUUGUCAUUUUUUCUGUGCUGGGCGCCUUUUCACGUCCAGAGGUUGAUAGCCAUCUACGGGAAGAAUUUGGAACACCCCACUGAUACUUUUUAUAAGGUGUACAUAGUGCUGACCUACAUAUCGGGUGUUCUAUACUUCCUGUCCACAGCGAUCAACCCCUUCCUGUACAACAUUAUGUCGAACAAAUUUAGAAACGCCUUCAAGUUGACGCUAUCAAUGUGGUGCAGCAGAGAAGUCCCUCGUUUGGAGCGAACCUACAGCACGCUGCUCGCCUCUAAGAGGCAGCUUGCUGCGUCAAGGACUGCGCAGCGACAGCGGUAUCCGCGACUGCUGUGUCGCCUGUCUACAGCGUCAUCUCAGCUGGGGGACGCGCCGCCUCGAGCGCAGUCCUACCACCGAAGAGACCUAUCAGUCGUGAACGAAGUGCCUGGAGCGAACUGGCUUUGGCAGCAACGCCUUGCCGAGGGGUCAGACUCCUUCACAUCCCCACGAAGUAUUUCAAACUCCAGCUUACACGAAGUAGAUCAAGAACUAAGUGGAGAAGAAUUAGCAACGUUUUUGUAUCAAGUCAAUUGUAAUAUAGGUGGCCUUACUUGAGACACGUCUGUUUAGAGUAUCCUGAAGGAAGCUCUAAACUGUGUUUUCGACUGUAAUGGCAGAAAUCCUUGGUGCGUAACUAUUGAACUGAUAAAGAAAACUUACGAUACCAAAAGAAUAUAAGUGUUUUGACUGCUGUUGUUAGUAAAAGAAUAAUAAGAGUUAAAACGAAAACAAUUUUGUAAUAAAGAUACUCUGAAAAUGCGUUAUUUUUAAGUUUUACUUAAGAUAUUUAUUGAGAGUAUGUUGAAAGUUACAACUUCAGACACUGUUAGAUUAUCACGACGAGUUAUUUUUUUGUAAACAAAUCACCAGUAUUACUGUUAUGGGUUUUACCUUGAUAAACGUGUUAUUUUGCAAAAAUAAAGUACUUAAGUAGGGUCGGUGGUGAUUAAUGAAAUGGCGCUGCGGAAAUAUUUUUUAUGAAUGACAAUAAUUUCAUUUAAACCAUUUUUUGAUCAAUCAGUGAAGGCGUCGGAUUUAUGAUAAUAUUAUACUUGGACUAUAGAAAACGGAGCCACGUAAAAAAAUAUUUGUCUUUGAAUUAUGUGAACAGGCUUGAUUAAUUCUAAGUAGGUAUGCUGGGCUCAGUUGAAAGAAUUGUAGCAUAACAUUGUACUUAUGAUGAAGUAAUCCAUACUAAAACGUGUCACGCUAGUCUCUGUAGAAGUAAUCUAUGCCUUGUGAAGAUUAGCCCAGUUGCUUGGUGAGCAUUUCUGAAAAAAAAUGAAAAGACGCCUUUUCUUUCCCAUUGUUACGUUAUUCUAAAAUCUUUAUUACAUAAAUCUAUUAUCUAAAAAGUCAAUAGCCCCAUUAAGUAAGUGUUUAAUAUACAUAUAAGUAUGAGGUAUAUAAUAUUAAUUAACUAG